AUGAUGCACCUCGGUGCGCACCAAAGCGACGCUUAUCUCGGUUGGCUUCCGCCAAACCUAUCCCUCAGAGACUUGGAUGGUUACACCGUCGCUGACUGCAGCGCACUGCUCGCUCCACGCGGAGGUCGUCUUGUGCUGACUCCAGCUGAGAGCUCGAAUGCUUCCGCAUCAAGCAAUAAGAUUGUGCAAGCGGAGAUCAAUGUGGAAUCUAGGCGGCAUGCAACGCUGCGUUGGGCGAGUCUGGACGAGGCGUCCACAUCCGAGUUGCUUCUCGGAGCUGUGCACGGCUCCGUGAAGUUCUGGAUCUGCGACGAGGCGCGCCAGACGACGUCGUCGUCCGCUGAGCAGCCCUUCGUAUCGAAUGGCUCUGGAACUGCUCAAGUCACUGAGAGGCAACUGCGGGUUUUGAUGGACCGCGAACCGACACAGCUGGGCGCACGGGGAAACCACGUCAGCGGUGAGCAGUCGGGCCGUGCGACGACCGAGGCGCACCUUCGUGCAACUUGUCCCGCGACCCUGAGCAGCCCAGUCGAAAGCGAUACCCAGCUACCACCGGAAGAGUGUGCGCGAUGGCGCUUUCUGCGAAAGCAGGCACGCGAACGCCUCGAGCAUUUCACUACGAAAACGAACGUUACAGCUUCCGCGGAGCGGCAUGUGCACGAACAAGCACCGACACAGCGUCAAUCGACACCUUCAAAGACUCUGCAGGCACAGGGCGCUACAUCCGUACCAGAGUCGUCAUCCAAUGAUGAUGAUGGUGAUGAUGAUGAUGCUGUGCCCCAGCAAGCGGAGCAUUCCAUUUGCGAGGAGUCACUCGUACCGUUCGAUGCCUCGAUGCAUUUACGAACCAAGUACAUCAAAAAGUAUCGUCGGAAACCCGCCAAAUAUGCUCGCAAGAUUCUCAAGCGCCCACAAGCAUACCUACUGCAAGCGAAUUGGCUGCCAGUCGCUGCGGAGGAUCGAAGCGAGAUCACUGCCCUGCGCAUGGGCACCCGAGUCGAUGAUCAUAACCGAGUCGAUGGAGCCGUGCUUGUCCGCGAGAUGCCGACACCGUCCACAACCUGGUAG